AUGAAGCUCUCCGCCAAUCUUAUUGCCGCUGUUCUCGCGGGUACUGCGCUAGCUGCCCCCAGCGACAGGACGCUUGAACGCAUACGUGCGCGGGCACUCGCACGACAGUCCCAUCCCCUCGACAGCACGGCACCCGCCGCUCCAGCUGCCGAGCCACACACGCAGUUCCGGACCGCGACCACGGACGCAUCGCCCAACAUCACCUGGAGCAAGAACUGGGCCGGCGCGGUGCGCGAGAAACCCCCACCGGGCGCCAGCUACACCGCCGUGACGGCGACCUUCACCGUGCCCGAGGCCACGGCCGUGGCCGGCGUGGCCGGCAUGCAGGCCGGCUCGGCCUGGGUGGGGAUCGACGGCGACACGUACCCGACGGCGAUCCUGCAGGCGGGCGUGGACUUCUACGUCGAGGACGGGAAGCACACCUACGACGCGUGGUACGAGUGGUUCCCGGACGUGGCGUACGACUUCCGCCUGCCGAUUGCGCGCGGCGAUGUCCUCGUCGUCAAGGUCGAGAGCCGCUCGCCCGCCGAGGGCGUCGCAAUCAUCGAGAACCGGACCUCGCGGCAGACGGUGACCAAGACGCUGCGCGCGCCGGCGCCGACGGCGACGCUCGCCGGCCAGAACGCCGACUGGAUCGUCGAGGACUUCCAGUAUGGGGAUGGGAUGGUGCAGCUGGUGGAUUUUGAUAGCCUGGCGUUCUCCGGCGCCGUGGCCAGGGCCGGCGGCAAGUCGUAUGGCGUGAGGGACGCGACGAUCGUCGAGAUGGAACAGAAUGGCAAGCGACGCACCCGGACGACGGUCGUUAGCAACACGGAGCUGGUGGUGGAAUACCUCCGGGAGUGA